AUGAGCUGGCAACAAUAUGUCGAUGAACAAUUAACUGGUGCAGGACUUUCUCAAGGAGCAAUUUUAGGUGCAAAUGAUGGUGGUGUUUGGGCUAAAUCAUCAGGUAUUAAUAUUACUAAACCAGAAGGUGAUGGUAUAGCUGCUUUAUUCAAAAAUCCAGCUGAGGUAUUUGCUAAGGGUGCUUUGAUUGGUGGAGUAAAAUAUAUGGGUAUUAAGGGUGACCCACAAAGUAUCUAUGGUAAAAAGGGAGCAACUGGUUGUGUUCUUGUUAGAACAGGCCAAGCAAUCAUUGUUGGCAUUUAUGAUGAUAAAGUCCAACCAGGAUCAGCUGCACUUAUUGUUGAAAAGUUAGGUGAUUACUUAAGAGAUAAUGGUUAUUAA